AUGUCUCUCUUCACACCCUUCUUGGCUUGCUUUGUCCAAAAAUCUGAUUCACGGGUUAACACAACCGACGCUAACUUGAAAAUCUUGCCUUUCAAGAAACCGAAAAGCAAAACCAAGUCUCCAAGAGCUCCCACGAUCGUCGUCUCUUACUUUCCAAUAGGAUCCAACCUUUCCCGUUUAUAGAAAUACGAAGAUGAAAGUUAAAUUUUGUAGGUAUUUAAAUUAUAC